AUGCUGAGCCAGCCCGGCCGCGCAGGGGAGCUGGGCGGAAGGCGAGGGGCUCGCCUGCCUCUUGAUUGCAAGCUGGCCCGGUGCAAAAUCGGCGUUCCGCGGAUGGGCGGAUCGCGCAAGGAAUACAAUGGGAUACCUUCGCGGUUACAACCGAAGACUUGCGGCUGCUAUUUCUCCACCAGCAGCUGUUACAACACCAAAUUUUAUACUGAUCCAGUGGAAGCAGUAAAAGACAUACCCAGUGGGUCUACUCUCCUUGUUGGUGGUUUUGGGCUCUGUGGAAUUCCUGAGAACCUCAUAGGAGCUUUAUUGAAGACCGGCGUAAAAGGGAUAACCGCUGUCAGUAACAAUGCUGGAGUAGACAAUUUUGGACUUGGGCUUUUACUUCAAACCAAGCAAAUCAAGCGCAUGGUAUCAUCCUACGUUGGAGAGAAUGCAGAGUUUGAGCGGCAGUAUUUAUCUGGAGAACUGGAAGUUGAGCUUACACCACAGGGUACACUUGCUGAGCGGAUUCGAGCAGGAGGGGCAGGGAUUCCAGCUUUUUACACCAGCACUGGCUAUGGAACCUUGGUACAAGAAGGAGGGGCCCCGAUCAAAUACAACAAGGAUGGUACCAUCAGCCUUGCCAGCGAACCAAGAGAGGUAAGGGAGUUUGACGGCCGUCACUUCAUUAUGGAAAAAUCGAUCACAGGUGAUUUUGCACUAGUCAAGGCAUGGAAGUCUGAUCGUGCUGGAAAUGUCAUUUUCAGGAAAACUGCAAGAAAUUUCAACCAACCUAUGUGCAAGGCUGCCAGAACAACUAUAGUAGAGGUGGAAGAAAUUGUUGAUGUAGGAACAUUUGCUCCAGAAGAUAUUCACGUCCCCAAGAUUUAUGUUCAUCGCAUCAUCAAAGGGGAAAAGUAUGAAAAAAGAAUUGAGCGGCUGUCCCUUCGAAAAGCCGAUGACUCCCAAAGCAAGCAAAAGAAAGCCGGAGACAACGUCAGAGAGAGGAUCAUCAGGCGAGCAGCUCUGGAAUUUGAGGAUGGCAUGUACGCUAACCUGGGCAUUGGAAUCCCACUUCUUGCCAGCAACUUCAUUAGUCCAGACAUAACGGUUCACCUGCAAAGUGAAAAUGGAGUACUCGGUUUGGGGCCUUAUCCACUACAAGAUGAAGUUGAUCCUGAUCUUAUCAAUGCAGGAAAAGAGACAGUCACCGUAAUCCCAGGAGCUUCCUACUUCUCUAGUGACGAAUCUUUUGCAAUGAUUAGAGGAGGACAUGUUGAUCUGACUAUGCUUGGAGCCAUGCAGGUGUCCAAAUACGGCGAUCUAGCGAACUGGAUGAUUCCUGGCAAGAUGGUGAAAGGAAUGGGUGGCGCCAUGGACUUGGUGUCCAGCGCAAGAACCAAAGUUGUGGUCACCAUGGAGCACUCGGCCAAGGGCAAUGCCCAUAAAAUUUUGGACAGCUGCACUUUGCCAAUUACCGGGAAGCAGUGUGUGAAUCGCAUCAUUACGGAAAAGGCUGUUUUUGACGUGGAUAAGAAAAAGGGGUUGACUUUGAUUGAAAUCUGGGAAGGCCAGUCUGUGGACGAUAUCAAGAAUAUCACCGGCUGUGAAUUUGCCGUCUCGCCAAAUCUCCAACCAAUGAAGCAGAUUUCAACCUGAGGGGUAGACAAC